UAUGUUGUCCAUCAGUUGUGGUGUUUAACGGACUCUUUUUGUAGUUAUUACGAGCGUGUCAAAUCAUUGUUUUAAACUCCCUUCUCUGAUCUGUUAGUGUCUGUCUAUACUGGUAGUAGUUAAGCAUAGUUUUCUCAAACAACUACUUGGAGAGAGAUAAGGUUGUGAGUGGUGGAUGCCUAUCUACAAUCUGUACAUCUUCAAUCUGUCCUGUGGAAAGUGUGUGUACUAUUGUGAGUUCAACAGACGGCACAAAACACAGGACUUCAAAGAGAACAAUGACCAGGUGAACAUGCUUGGCAUGUGCCACACUCUGAAAGACUUCAUGCAGAGAGUGGCAACUAGUGACAGUAACAGCAGCAGCAACAACAACAGUGGCAGUGGAAAGGACUCCUUCGUCUCCUACAAGACAAGCAAAGCCAAAGUGCACUACUACGAGACCCCCUCUGGCAUCGCAUUCGUACUGGUCACUGACCCACACGUGGGGGACAUCAGGAACAUACUGCAGGAACUACACAAGAGUGUGUGGGUAGAGUACGUGGCUAAGAAUCCCCUGUGUGACUGGACUCAGACCAUCACGAGUAAUCUGUUCCGAGAGAAGGUAUCCGAUUUCAUGAAGGCACUCCCAUGCUACUCCAACUGA